AUGGCCACCACGGCGCAGUACCUUCCGCGGGGCCCGGGCGGAGGGGCCGGGGCCGCCGGGCCUCUCAUGCACCCGGAUGCGGCGGCGGCGGCGGCGGCGGCGGCGGCGGCGGCGGCGGAGCGGCUCCACGCGGGGGCCGCCUACCGCGAGGUGCAGAAGCUGAUGCACCACGAGUGGCUGGGCGCGGGGCACCCCGUGGGGCUCACCCACCACCAGUGGCUGCCCGCCGGAGGAGGAGGAGGAGGGGACUGGGGCGGCGGCCCCCACCUGGACCACGGCAAGGGCGGCGGCGGCGGCGGCCGGGGCGACGAGAGCGGCGGCUUCCACGCGCGGCUGGUGCACCAGGGGCCGGCCCACGCGGGAGCGGCGUGGGCGCCCGGCGGGACGGCCCACCACCUGGGCCCCGCCAUGAGCCCGUCCCCCGGGGCCGGCGGGGGCCACCAGCCGCAGCCGCUGGGGCUGUACGGCCAGGCGGCCUACCCCGGGGCCGGAGGAGGGACCGGGGCGGGCGCCGGGGCCGGGGCCGGGCUGGCGGGGCUGCUGGCCGGGGCCGGGGGCGGCGCGGGGCCCGGGCUGCACCACGCGCUGCACGAGGACGGGCACGAGGCGCCGCUGGAGCCGUCGCCGCCGCCCCACCUGGGCGGACACGGACACGCGGGGGGGCUCCACGCGGGACACCUGCACCCCGGGCCCGGCGGGGCCGGCGGGGCCGGCGGGGCCGGCGGCUCGUCGUCGGUCGGGGAGCACUCGGACGAGGACGCCCCCAGCUCCGACGACCUGGAGCAGUUCGCCAAGCAGUUCAAGCAGCGGCGGAUCAAACUGGGCUUCACCCAGGCCGACGUGGGCCUGGCCCUGGGCACCCUGUACGGCAACGUCUUCUCGCAGACCACCAUCUGCCGCUUCGAGGCCCUGCAGCUCAGCUUCAAGAACAUGUGCAAGCUCAAGCCGCUGCUGAACAAGUGGCUGGAGGAGACCGACUCGUCCACCGGCAGCCCCACCAACCUGGACAAGAUCGCGGCCCAGGGCCGCAAGCGCAAGAAGCGCACGUCCAUCGAGGUGGGGGUCAAGGGCGCCCUGGAGAGCCACUUCCUCAAGUGCCCCAAGCCCUCGGCCCACGAGAUCACCGGCCUGGCCGACAGCCUGCAGCUGGAGAAGGAGGUGGUGCGCGUCUGGUUCUGCAACCGGAGGCAGAAGGAGAAGCGCAUGACCCCCGCGCCCGGAGCCGCUCACCCGCCCAUGGACGACGUCUACGCGCCCGGGGAGCUGGGCCCCAACGGGACCGGGCCCGGGGCGGGGCCCGGGGCCGGGGCCGGGGCCGGGACCGGCCCGGGGGGCUCCUCUCCGCCCUCGGGGCCCCCCCCGCCGCCGCCCCCCGCCCCCCUGCACCAUCACCACCAUCACCACCACACGCUGCAGGCCUCCGUGCAGUGA